CCGUUCGCACCUGUGCCGCACUUUUCAUUGAAAAUUUUCAAAAUAUACAACUAAAUAGGAAAGCGGUAUUAAUGUAAAGAAUAAUUGCUGAGGAUUCAGCAAGAUUUUAGUGCACUUUUUCCAGAGACCUUCAGUCAGUUUGAGGUUAAAAGUAAUGAAAGUCUGAUGACGCCGGCGAUACGACAGGUGUCGGCAGGUGUUUUAAUGGGACCUGUUGAUCAGUGACAGGUGCUGGAACAGCUGGAAUUUCAAGGCAUUCUCUGGCGAACCUUUGUUUCGUUCGUACGGGAAGGAAUGUGACCAACGGGUUAUUCCAUUGGCGAUAAAAUUACAUAUUUCUCGGAAGUGGAAAUAGAAAGGAUGGAAAAGCGGUACAGAGUAGAGGCGUUCCUAGUUCCUCACUUGUGUGUUAAGAAAAACUCCGAGGUAAAUGAGAUAGACGAUGUCAAAGUAGCGAAUAGGUUCAUACUGGAUAAAAUACUGGAGCACUCGUGGGAAGAAUCGGAAGACGUAUUUGGUAAGAUCGAAGGAUCCAGAUCUACGGAGGAUUUUAAGAGUUUUGAGGAACCUAUCUACGAUACGCCUUAUGAAGUGAAAAGUAAUAGUAAAUUGCAGAAAACAUUGACUGAAGUUAAGCCACCUACAGGUGAAAGCAGGAUGCACCGCUUCAGGAGUCAAUCGCCAGGAUUAGAUGCACCCCGACCACCGCCACGGACUGUUAGUUUAAAGCCAAUUUAUGAAAGAGAAGAACUGUCCAAUGAAGAUUCGGAUAGAUUUUGUUAUCAUGGGUUCGAAAAUGGUUGCACCGCAUCUGUGCAAAAACCAGAAGAAGUAAGCCAGGAAAUUUUUAAAACUAUCUGGCUUCAGAAACUGGAGACUCUGAGAAAAAAGGAAACUACGUUGAAGGAUAAAGAAAUAGCUCUGGAAGACUUCGAAAGAUUGUUGAGGAAGAGGGAGAGGGAACUACUGAUUCUAGAAAGACUAGCGAAGGAGAAAAUGAGAAAGGCAGAAUUAUAUUUAAAGCGAUGUAAAAGUUCUCAGAGUGCGGAGAACAUUUACGCUGAAAGGGAAAUAGCGUUUGAUGUGAGAUCUUCCGCUAGUUCAAAAGAUUCUAAUGAGCACUGCGACAAGGACUCCAAGAAUGAUUUCACGCAUCAUUUACCUGUCGUAAAUAAUGCACAAACAGAGAAUAUUGGAGUUGUUUCAGAAGUUAACGUUGAAGAUCGCAUCUUAAGAAAUCCUCCAAAUUCUAGAAGCUCUCUAGCACCCGCUUCUCUACAUGGAUCAUCAAACUCCCACUUAGGAAGUAAUCGAGGCAGAAUCAGUGUUUAUGGAAGCUUUCGAUCCAAACCCAGACCGAAAAUAACUUAUGAUGACCUAAAUUCCACCUUAUCCGCAGAUAUAGGUGAUUCAUCUUUUGUCGUUACAUCAAGAAAAUUUGAUCCUGAAAAAUUCAAGAAGCCUCAUGCUUUUACAAGACCUGUUGAUGAACGCCAUGUCAUACAAGAAAAUGUACAGGAUCGAAGCACUAAAUAUCAAAAUUAUGGUCCAGUUGAUGAAAAAGUCUCCAGAAUAUCAAAUGGAAAAAGUACAGGUUUUGAAAAUAAACAUUCCAUGGAUGACAAAAGAUUCUCCUAUCUAAACUUGGAAUCUGGAAAAGUCGAUAUUCGUAGCAAACAUAAGGAAUCUUCAAAGGAUCGACCCAUUUCAUGGAACGAAGAAGCCAACGAAUGGUUGCAGAAGAAGCGUGAAGCUUACAAUUUAGCUACUCAAAGAAUGCCGAUGGAAGAUUAUGAAAAUAAAGAAAACUUUGGUGCUAAGUCUCGAAUGUCAUUUAAAGAGAAGAAAGGAAGAGGAAUGAAGUUUACUAUAUUUCGGUGAUUCCACAUGUCCCACAUGUUUUCCAAUCAUCACGGAACUAUUAGAACAGAAACUGAAAUGUCAUAGUGAAUGUUACACUGGAUUAUAUUCUACACAUUUGUAUAAAAUAGAAGCGAUAAUAAACAAUCAUAUU